AUGAUUCGGAAAUUAGCUGAUGUUUCAAGUUCAAAUACAUAUAAUAAUUUUACUACAAGCCAUUUGCAGAUACAAAAUGUCUCUGUUGGUGAUAAAAAACACUGCUUCCACCUUUCCACACUGAAACAUCAGACGUUGGAACGUCUCGCAAAUAUAGAUGUACACAUGAAAUCAAGAUUAGAUAAAGAUAUGGGAAUGAAAUUGAGUAACAAAAGUGUUAAUAAUAACAAUCUAAACCAGUCCGGAUAUAGAUCGAAACCCUGCAAGCGUUUUGUAACAUUGGGAACAGACUACAGGGGACGCACCGGAAAUCAGAUGUUUCAAGUGGCGUCACUUGUUGGAACAGCGCUCAGAUAUGACAUCAUACCAAUAAUUCCCAAGUGGUUUGCAUUAAAUAGGUAUUUUGAGUUACCAAAUGUAAUAGAUCUAAAAUUAAAUAAACUUUUCAAUGUUGUUAAAUGUAAAUGCAGAAAGUCGGCUGUGUUUUAUAAUUGCACGAAAGAAUUCAACUCAAUGAAAAAUAUAUCUUUACACGGGUAUCUGCAGUCAUGGAAAUACUUCGAAGGUGCAAAUGACGUCAUCAAGGCAAUUUUCAAAUUCAAAACGAAACAUUUGUUUAAUGCGAAUGGGUUCCUAUCGAAUGUGUAUAUUGCCGGAUUUCAACGUGUCUGUAUCCAUAUUCGCCACGGAGAUAUAACAAGCAAAGCGAGAAUAGAUGAUGGAUACGUUACUGCAGGCUUGGAUUUUAUUGAAAAGGCAAAAGAAUUUUACAUUAACAAAUAUUCAAUAUAUAUCUCGUCGUCAGUGAUGAUAAAGCUUGGUGUAGAAGAUAUCUAA